CAUGUAUCUAUCUACGGCCAUGGCGGUAACGAUUGAUACACGACCAGCCACCGCCGCGGACGCAUCCUUCCUCUUGACGUGCAUCAACGAUGCAUUCAAGGCCGACGCGUUCUUCAAGACCAAGGAACACUUCAAUCGGGUGAGUAUGGCCGACGUCCUCGCGAUGUUGGCCGCGCCACGCUCGACGUACCUUGUCGCGGAAAUCAGUGCCGACGGCCGCAAAAGCGAUCUAUGUGGGUGCAUUUACGUGCAAUGGACUGUGCAUCAAGAUGCAACCGUGGUCGGGAACUUCUCCAGCGUGAGUGUCCGCAACGAGUUUGAACGACGAGGCGUGGGCGGGCGCCUCGUGCAAGCGGCAGAGCUUCUCGUGGCCAGCCAAGCGACAAGCCAACAGCCGUCGAGGAUGGAUAUUAGUGUCGUGUCGGCGCGACCGGACUUGUUUGCAUUUUACGAGCGCAAGGGGUACCGUGUCACAGGAAACGUCAUCGACAGUCCCGAGUUUGCCGCGAUUUUGAACGAUACCCAUCGCCACGUGCACUUGGUGGAAAUGCAAAAGAUGCUGUCACCACCACCACCAGGAGUAUAGGACUGUACGUAUACUAGUAGUAUUGUAUGCUUGCACCAGUAACCAUAAUACAUCGUCACACAUUCACUCGUG